AUGGCGGCUCCCGAGCAGCCGCUACCGCCCAUGUCCAGGGGAUGCCAGAGCUCCGCCUCGCUCUCUCCGCCGCGGGGCGACCGGACCCUUCUAGUGAGGCACCUGCCGGCCGAGCUGACCGCCGAGGAGAAAGAGGACUUGCUUAAGUACUUCGGGGCUCAGUCGGUGCGCGUCCUGUCGGAUAAGGGACGGCUGAAACAUACAGCUUUUGCUACUUUCCCUAAUGAAAAGGCAGCUAUAAAGGCAUUGACAAGACUACAUCAACUGAAACUUCUAGGUCAUACUUUAGUUGUUGAAUUUGCAAAAGAGCAAGAUCGAGUUCAUUCCCCAUGUCCCCCUUCAGACCCUGAAAAAAAGAAAAGAUCUGAUGACCCUGUGGAAGAUGAUAAAGAAAAGAAAGAACUUGGUUGUAUAACCAUAGAAAAUGGAAUUGCACCAAACCAUGGGCUGACUUUUCCUCUGAAUUCAUGCCUCAAGUAUAUGUACCCACCACCUUCAAGCACAAUCCUAGCAAACAUAGUAAAUGCUUUGGCAAGUGUGCCGAAGUUCUAUGUACAGGUGCUUCAUCUUAUGAAUAAAAUGAAUUUGCCCACACCAUUUGGACCAAUAACGGCACGACCUCCCAUGUAUGAAGACUAUAUGCCAUUGCAUGCACCUCUUCCACCUGCAUCUCCUCAGCCACCAGAGGAACCACCUUUGCCAGAUGAGGAUGAGGAAUUAUCAAGUAAAGAAUCAGAAUAUGAAAGCAGUGAUGAUGAAGACCGACAGAGAAUGACCAAACUAAUGGAAUUAGCAAAUCUUCAGCCCAAAAGACCAAAAGCAAUAAAGCAGCACCAUGUGAGAAAAAAGCAAAAAAUAAAGGAUAUGUUGAAAACACCUUCAUCUGCUUCACAUGGCAGUUUACAUCCAGUGCUGUUACCUUCGGAUGUAUUUGACCAACCACAGCCUGUAGGUAAUAAGAAAAUUGAAUUUCAUAUAUCUACUGACAUGACAUCUGCAUUUAAGAAAGAUCUAGAAAAAGAACAAAAUUGUGAAGAACAAAGUUAUGAUUUGCCUGCUCCUGAAGGUGAUGCCCCCAAUGUAGGAUUUGGAAAAAUCUUCCCCAAACCUAAUUUGAACAUCACAGAAGAGAUUAAAGAGGACUGUGAUGAAAUGCCAUCAGAAUGUAUAUCUAGAAGGGAGUUGGAAAAAGGCAGAAUUUCUAGAGAAGAAAUGGAAACACUGUCAGUUUUCAGAAGUUAUGAACCUGGUGAACCAAACUGUAGAGUUUAUGUAAAGAAUUUAGCUAAACAUGUUCAAGAAAAGGACCUUAAAUUUAUUUUUGGGAGAUAUGUUGACUUUUCAUCAGAAACACAACGGAUAAUGUUUGAUAUACGUUUGAUGAAAGAAGGUCGCAUGAAAGGACAAGCUUUCAUUGGACUUCCAAAUGAAAAAGCAGCAGCAAAAGCCUUAAAGGAAGCUAAUGGAUAUGUUCUUUUUGGAAAACCUAUGGUGGUUCAAUUCGCUCGAUCUGCUAGACCAAAACAAGAUUCUAAAGAAGGAAAAAGGAAGUGUUAAAAAUUAGUAAAGAAGCAUUCCUGCGUAAAUACUGCUGUAAUACUGUCAUACAAAGUGUAUCCUUUCUUGUUGUAUCCUUUUUGGGGCAGUGUUUUCUGUUUUUCCUAGAAAUGUUUUGUCCCCCAUUGAUUCAGAUUAAGCAAUAUUUUUUUAUAAUUUAUUCAGAAGAGAUAUUUCUAAAAUUAUCAGUGUUGAUUGGACAAAUCAUUUAUCUCCUUUUUAGAUCUGCUGUGAAUUUUCUGUGCUAUUCUUAGGUUAUGUAAUUUUUCCAGAGAAAGUUAGUGAAUCAGGUCAACUUAUUUACUUGGAGAAUGUAUUCAUCUGUUUUAACACAGAAUUUAGUCUUGUUUCUUAUAUUUAUGUAUUUCCUAAACCUAAUUCAGUAACACAUGCUUUCUGUUUUAUGAUGUAUCUGGCUUAGGUGUUCUAUAUAACAUGUUGUAAAAUUUGGAAAAAGGACUUUUUUUCUUUUAAAAAAGUAUAUAUACUGAAAAAAACUGAAUUUCUUUGUAAAUUCCAAGUAAGAGAGCAGACCUCACAUCUGAGGUUUUAUUAUUGGUAUCUCCUUUGAGAUAACAAGUAGAAGUAUUUUUUUUCCCUCUUUUUCUAAACAAAACUAAAGGAAUAAGAAAAGAGGAACAGAGGGAAGAAGACAUAAUGUUGACUCAGGGUAGCACAUUAAGUGGAACAAAAAAAAAACAGUCCUGGUUCCUUUUGAUUCCGUGUCUUCCAACUGCUUUCCAAAUUUAAGGAGAAGAAAAUGACACCUGGUCUAUGGAACUGUGCGUAACAGCUUUUAAAGUAUAUUUAAAAGUUAAAAUCUAUAUGCAUUAAAUCAGUUUAUUGGAGAUAUAUUACAUGUAUUUUAAUCAUCUUCCUCAUAUAUAAUAAAUUAUUUUCUUUCCAAUAAAA